AUGGCGUCUCUUUCGUUAUGUGUUUUAGCUGCAAUGCUUCUUGUCUUUUUCUCGGUCGCUGCUUCUGCCCCUCAAGGCGGAAUCACAGCCGAAUUGAUCCGCCAUGAUCCCCCGCGCUCUCGUCCUACUCGGUCUCCGUAUUCCGACACAGUAUCCAACCACUUGGGCGGGUAUCUGAUGAAAAUAAAGAUCGGGACACCGCCAUUGGAGUUCAUGGGACUUGCAGACACGGGGAGCGAUCUUACCUGGACGCAAUGUUUGCCUUGUCCUAAUAACUGUAUCCCACAAGAUUCUCCAAUGUUUAACCCUCUCUCUUCCUCCACCUACCAAGACCUUACUUGCAGCGCAAGUCAGUGCAGAACCAUUAACAGAGACACCCACUGUGACGGCAAGAAUAGUGUCUGCCCUUAUAGGCUGGUUUAUGGCAAAGGCUUCUCUUUUGGGUCAGUUGGGUUCGACACGGUCACCCUCGGUCUGACCUCUGGCUCGCAGUUUUCUCUAAUCGGAACCCUCUUCGGCUGCGGUCGAAACAACUCCGGUUUUAGCCAUGGCGUGACAGGCGUCAUCGGACUCGGCUGGGGACCGUUUUCCCUCGUCUCUCAGAUGGGAGAUAGAAUCCAAGGUCUCUUCUCCUACUGUUUCGGCGCCAAGACAAGCAAGAUCAACUUCGGAGCAAACGCUAUUGUUUCGGGUGGCGGUACUGUGUCCACAUUGCUUUUGCGAAAGAUGUCUAAUCCGAGCUUCUACUACCUCAACCUAGAGGCAGUGAGCGUGGACGAUGCACGGGUCGAGACCUCGGGAACCUCGAUGGGUUCAAAGGACGGGAAUAUCGUCAUAGACUCGGGAACGACAAAUCUGAUGCUGGCGGAGGACUAUUUCUUGCGUGUCAAGGAAGUCGUGACAACUGCGAUGAAAGCGAAAGGAGCCAAUCCCCAGGACAAUUGUUACUCGCCGUGCAAUCUCGAGGAUUUUCCGGUAAUAACGAUGCAUUUCGCUGGUGCGGAUCUCGUUAUGGAACGAUCAAACACGUACGAUGACGUAGGUCAUGGGGUGGUUUGCUUAAAGUUCGUCCCGAUCCUAAAGGGGCUUCCUCCCCUACUCGGCUACCAAGCUCAGUCUAAUUUCUUGAUUGGUUAUGACAUCGUCUCAGAGAUUAUCUCCUUUAAACCCACCAACUGCUCUUCUCUCUGGCAUUGA